AUGAAAUAUUUAGAUCAGACUGUUUGUGAAGCUUUAAGGAAAUGGCCACCAGUACCUAUGACUGAUCGAUUAUGUGUCAAAGAUUACGAUUUGAAACUUGAUGGGAAAAAUUUACACAUCAACGCUAAUGAUUCUUGUUAUAUUCCCAUCUGGAGUUUUCAUAGAGAUCUAAAAUAUUUCCCCAAUCCCGAAAAAUUCGAACCCGAACGAUUUAGUGAAGAAAAUCGUGGAAAUAUCGAUCCUGACACUUAUUUACCCUUCGGUGUUGGUCCUAGAAAUUGCAUAGGAAGUCGAUUUGCUUUGAUGGAAAUGAAAACUUUCUUCUAUUAUUUGUUGUUGAACUUCAGCUUUGAAGCUAAUUCGAAGACUCAAAUCCCGUUGGAGUUCGACAAUAUUCCAUUCGAUAUUAAAACCAAAAUAGGCAUUUGGCUUUCAUUAAAACCACGAAAUAAUUGA